AAGGCCUCUGGGCGACCAGGCCGGAAUGAUGGGGUUCUCCAGGAGGGUUGUUUUCCUCCUGCUCCUGUACCUGCUUCAAGGGUCAGACACUUCCUUGGUAAGGCUGAAUGAGAAUGGUUAUGAAGACAUCAUUAUUGCUAUUGAUCCUGCUGUGCCGGAAGAUGUAACCAUAAUUGAACACAUAAAGGAAAUGGUGACUAAAGCAUCCACAUACCUUUUUGAAGCUACAGAAAAAAGAUUUUUCUUCAAAAAUGUAUCUAUAUUAAUUCCUGAGAGCUGGUCAAACAAACCCGAGUACAGGAGGCCAAAACAGGAGAGUUACAAGCAUGCCGAUGUUAAAAUUGCACCUCCCACCCUCAAGGGCAGAGAUGAGCCCUACACCCGGCAGUUCACAGAGUGUGAAAAGAAAGCAGAAUACAUCCACUUCACCCCUGACUUUGUACUGGGGAGAAAACAAAAUGAAUAUGGAGAUUCAGGAAAACUGUUGGUCCAUGAAUGGGCCCACCUUCGCUGGGGAGUAUUUGAUGAGUACAACGAAGACCAGCCAUUCUACAGCGCUUCGUCAAAGAAAAUUGAAGCAACAAGGUGCUCCACAAGUAUCACAGGUGUGAAUAGAGUCCACACAUGCCAAGGGGGCAGCUGUAUAACCAGAAGGUGCAGAACUAAUUCCACCACAAAGUUAUAUGAAAAGGAUUGUCAAUUCUUCCCUGAUAAAGUUCAAUCAGAAAAGUCAUCUAUAAUGUUCAUGCAGAGUAUUGAUUCUGUGACUGCAUUCUGUAAAAAAGAAAACCAUAAUCGAGAUGCUCCAACUCUACAUAAUAUGAAGUGCAAAUACAGAAGCACGUGGGAAGUAAUCAGCAAUUCUGAGGAUUUUAAAAACAGCACGCCCAUGGAGAUGUCACCUUCUCCAACCUUCUUCUCUCUGCUGAGGAUCGGUGAAAGAAUUUUGUGCCUGGUGCUUGAUGUGUCCGGGAGUAUGACUAGUUAUAAUCGCCUAAAUCGAAUGAACCAAGGAGCAAAAUACUUUCUAAGCCAGAUAAUUGAAAACAGGGCCCGGGUAGGGAUGGUACACUUUAGUAGCCAGGCCACUAUUAAGAGUGAGCUGAUCCAAAUAAACAGUGACAUCGAGAGAAACAAGCUCUUGAAAACCUUACCUACAGGUGCCAGUGGAGGGACGUCCAUCUGCUCUGGAAUUGAGGCUGCAUUUCAGGUAUUUAAUCAUGGAGGAUACCAAACAGAUGGGACUGAGAUCUUGCUGUUGAGUGAUGGGGAGGACAGCACAGCCAAAAACUGUAUUGACAAGGUGAAAGACAGCGGGGCUGUAGUUCAUUUCAUUGCCUUGGGACCAUCAGCUGAUUUAGCUGUAACAAACAUGCCAAUUUUAACAGGUGGAAAGCAUCUGUAUGCCUCGGAUGAAGCCCAGAACAAUGGACUCAUUGAUGCUUUCGGGGCCCUGGCUUCAGAAAAUGCAGAUAUCACCCAGAAGUCACUUCAGCUUGAAAGUAAUGGUGCCAUACUCAACAAUAGUCUCUGGCUGAAUGGCACUGUAGUAAUUGACAGCACCUUGGGAAAGGACACAUUCUUUCUUGUCACCUGGAGUCAAAAAGUUCCUGCCAUUUAUCUCAGGGAUCCCAAAGGAACACAAAUCACAAAUUUCACAAUGGACACAGCUUCUAAAAUGGCCUAUCUCAGUAUCCCAGGAACAGCUCAGGUGGGCGUUUGGACUUACAACCUGGAAUCCAAAGAAAACUCAGAGAUAGUAACGAUUACAGUAACUUCUCGGGCAGCAAAUUCUUCUGUGCCACCCAUCAUUGUAAAUUCGAAAGUAAAUACAGACACUAACAGUUUCCCCAGCCCAAUGAUUGUGUAUGCAGAAGUCCUACAAGGGUACACUCCCAUCAUUGGAGCCCGAGUGACAGCUACCAUAGAAUCAAACAAUGGAAAUACAGAAGAGCUACUCCUGCUGGACAACGGUGCAGGGGCUGAUGCUUUCAAGGAUGAUGGUGUCUACUCCAGGUACUUCACAGCUUAUUCUACAAAUGGCAGAUACAGUUUAAAAGUCCGUGCAGAUGGAGGAACAAACUCUGCCAGGAGAAGUUUACGCCAUCCGUCAAGCAGAGCAGCGUACAUACCAGGCUGGGUAGUGGAUGGAGAAAUUCAAGGGAACCCACCCAGACCCGAAACGACUGAGGCUACUCAGCCAGUUCUGGAGAAUUUCAGCAGGACAGCAUCUGGAGGUGCCUUUGUGAUGUCCAAUGUUCCAAGUGGUUCAUUGCCUGAUCUGUACCCACCAAGUCAAAUCACAGACCUCCAGGCUACACUUGAUGGGGAAAACAUCCAUCUGACAUGGACGGCACCAGGAGAUGAUUUUGAUGUAGGAAAAGCUCAACAGUAUAUCAUAAGAACAAGCGAAAAUAUCAUUGACCUCAGAGACAAUUUUGAUAAUUCUCUUCGGGUUGAUACAACUAACCUGACACCACAAGAAGCCAACUCCAAGGAAACCUUUGCCUUUAAACCAGAAAACAUCGCAGAAGAAAAUGCAACCUACAUAUUCAUUGCCAUUGAAAGUGUCGACAAAAGCAAUCUCCACUCAGGACCGUCCAACAUCGCACAAGUAGCACUAUUCACGCCUCAGGCAGAGCCUAUCCCUGAUGAACGUCCACGUUCUGGAGUUAGUGUUUCUACUAUUGUGCUGUCUGUGGUGGGCUCUGUUGUACUAGUUUGUAUUAUUGUAAGUACCACUGUUUGUAUCUUAAAGAAAAAACGGCCCUCAUCAGGAGCUGCAACAACAUUUUGAAAAGCAACAUGAAUAAAAAGAUAUUUCUGAGUUUUUAAAGUAUAUCCCUUGUGAUCAUGAACUCACAAAUAAUUUCAAGGGGGUCUAAAAGAAUUCUUUACGCACACUCAUUCAGUGAAAAACU